AUGCCUGCACCGCCUAAAGCAGAAAUCGUUGACGGCAUCAAGACCUUCAUCCCACUUGAGAACAACCCCGAUGUCCUGAAACUCCUCUGUGAGAAUCUCCAGGUCUCGUCAGACCUCAGCUUCCACGACAUCAUCUCCACCUCCUCAGCAUUCCUUUCAGACUGCCAUUUCCGACCCUGCCACGCCCUCAUUGUCCUUGCGCACCACCCUAUAUACCAAGCUGCCCGCUCAGCAGUUCACCCAACCAUACCAGAGUACAAGGGCUCCGGUCCCAAUGAACCAGUCAUAUGGAUGAAGCAGACCAUCGGACACGCCUGUGGGCUGAUGGCCCUCCUGCACGUCCUCUUCAAUCUGGAGGGCGGUCGGUAUGUGCGCCCCGGAACGGGCAUAAACGCACUCCGUCAACAAGUUAUUCCUCUGGCGCCCACAGAGCGCGCGGAGCUAUUAUAUGACUCCCGUUUUCUAGAAGAGGCGCAUAUGGAUGCGGCGUCGCGCGGGUCGUCCAAUGUCCCCUCGCCCCGAGACGAUAAUCAGCACCACUUCUUGGCCUUUGUGCAGAAGGAUGGGGAGGUCUGGGAGUUGAAUGGGGGUAUGAAUGGACCUUUAUUCCGGGGGGUGCUCGGUGAUGGGGAGGAUCUCUUGAGUGAGCGAGGGCUGGAGCUCACUGUCCAGGACUUCUUGGUUGCUGCUGAACGGACGGGAUGCGACGAGAUGAGUAUCGUUGCAGUCACCGGGACUGACGCUGUGGCUCAGGGUUGA